UAAAAUAUUUCAUAUUCAGGAAAGCAAACGGAAAGAUGAAUAGAACAGAGAAGCUUUGGAAGCCUCUCUCCGGCGUUGUCCGCCAAGCGCUUCGUACGACGUGUCGUUUUGAGCUUUCAAAUUACAAUUACACUUCAACCUCAUGGAAUCGCUUCCUCAAUUCAUCUUCUUUCUCUCGUCCGUACGAACGGUGCCGUUCUGGUGCAAACCUUACAUUUUGGUCCGAAACCUUCUGCUCGGAAUCCGCCGAUAGAGUUCACAACGUCACGUGCUGGAACUGCAAUGCGGUGCCUGAAACGUCGCCGUUUUUGUUUUGUGAGUCCUGUCGGAGUGUUCAGCCUGUUGAUCAGUCGGUGAAUUAUUUUCAAAUAUUUGGAUUGGGGAAAAAGUAUGAAAUAGAGGAUGGGAGUCUGGAGGGAAAGUACAAAGACUGGCAGAAAAAGCUACAUCCUGAUCUAGUUCAUUCAAAAUCUGAGAGGGAGAAAGAGUAUGCUGCUGAACAGUCUGCUUGCGUGAUUGAAGCCUACCGCACACUUAGGAAUCCAUUGUCUCGGGCAAUAUACAUUAUGAGGCUUGAAGGUGUAGAUGUUAAUGAAGAAGAGACAGUUUCUGAACCAGAGUUGCUCACUGAGAUUAUGGAAAUCAGGGAAGCUGUAGAAGAUGCAACUGAUUCGCAGGCUUUAAAUCAAAUAAAGUCUACGAUGCAAGAGAAGUUGAUGCAUUGGUCAAACUCCUUUGCCAAUGCAUUUCAAAAUCAUAAAUUUGACGAUGCGCUAAUAUGUAUCCGAAGAAUGACUUACUAUAGUCGUGUAAAUGAAGAAAUUGCAAAGAAGCUUUAAUGCAGCAAUUCCUUAUGGAGUCGACAACAGUUAACUUCAAGAUCUGAUGCAGAUGACUUCACAUUAGAUGUGAAAUUUCUGAAUUUGAUGGAUGGCCUAGUUGCUACUGAAGUAAACACAGAUGAAGGAAUCUGAAUAGGAAAGUUGAGAUCCCUGUGGUACCUAUUGUCACAUUAGCUCUUUUUUAAUUUUUGUAAUUUAAUGAUCUGAGCUACAUUUUCUUUUUUGAAAAAAAAUAAUUGAAUUAUAAGUGUUCACAUAUGUGAGUCUGACACAUUUAUCUUAGUAUUUCCUGGGCUUUUUUGGCCAGAAAUAAAUGCAUGGACUACUA